UUAUAAUAAAAUGCAAAUUCGUUAUUUGAAUGUGUGCUAAACUGUUAUAUCGCCUACGUUUUAUUAUCAAAAUUACAAUUUGGCUCUUGCUGGUCGAUUCGAGGAUUGUAAACUGAGCUAUUCAGUUGAUUUAAAUCAUCAUCUGUGUUACUAUGAUCAAUAAACCAGGCUGGAUAUGAUGGAGGGAAUUACAGAACCUACAGAAUUGGCUUAUCUAUCCCAAGGCCCCUCAAUUGCUUUCAGCUCGACCAAACUCAAUCCCAAAGCUCUCUGUGAGUUUGAAUCCCCAGAAAAAGGCUCCUUAUCAACUAAAGCUGUUGAUCAGUAAAACUCUGGUGAUGUAUUUUACACGACCGUGUAAAUCCAGGAACGAAGGACGCUAGGAAAUUGUUUACAAAAAUACCACUCUUUGGAAGAUAAACAACAAACAGAUCGUAUCUAGACAUAACCUGCCUGCCUGAAGAGAUGGAUUCCAACUUCGAGAAAAUACAUUUGCAGAAGGCAGAUGUGAAGUAUCUUUACCAUCAGGUUCACAAGGCUGCAAUGGACAAAUUGAACUUGUAUCUACCAUCUGAAUCUCAGCAGGCUGAUAACAACAACGAGGAAGAUCCAGUCAGAGAGAAGGUCAGAUUAUUAGUAGAGGAGUUUAUUUUGAAUUCAUUCGAAUUGACAAAAUACUCUUGCAUUAUCGAUGGCAAAGAGUUUUUGGAUGAUGACGACCCGUUGAGACAAAUUUUGGUAAACAACAGUAGUAAUAGAAAAAAUAAGAACCAGGAAAGAAGAGAAGAAAUUGAAUCAUUUGAUUUUGAAUUGAACCAAAAAUUGAGAGAAGCCUAUAAAGCAGUUGAAGAUGAAACUGUUAAAGUAACAGAGAAAAGAAGAAAUUUGCCUCAAAAGUCAGUUAAAUUGUUUGAAGAACAGCAGAAUAUAAACAAAUCCAAAAUUGAUACAUCGUUGAGUAAAUUAGAAGAAAUUGAAAAGCAAAUUGAUCAAGAUUAUCAAAACGAAGACAAUGGAAUAUAUAUAGACGAUGAAGUUAAAACUGAUUACGAAGAUAUGAUGGCUGAAUUUAAUGAUACAUUAAAAAGAUUACAAGAGGUCAAACAACAUGUUCCUCAACGUAAACAAGAAUUAGAGAAACUCCAAGUUUUGAUGAACUUUGUUGAAAGCAAUUACGAUUUUAAAUAAUCAAUGUUUUUUUUUCCAUAAAGAAUGUUGCAUUUUCUUAUUAUUGUUUUCAAAUUUAUUCAAUUAAAAGAUGCAAAUAAGAAUAACCAUACAAUAAUACAUUAAAUUUUAUUUACCUCUAAAU